AAUCUUGCCAAUUUUCUUCGUACAAAUACACAGCCAUCUCUAUAUUAUCUUCCAGCCAAAAUGUCUCAGUCUGUAGUGCAAACUAUUGCAAUACAGAAACGACAAGUGGCAUUAGAAUCAUCGUCAUUAAUAUCUUAUAAUGAAAGUGGGAAAAAUGAAGAGAGCAGUAUCAUGAAUGAGUUUGAAAUUACUGGGCGUAACCUAAAUGAAAAAUCUGGUAAAACACAUGAUGAAAGUAAGAUGGAAGUUGAUAAACAUGAGGAAAAAGAUGAAAAUAAAUCACCAAAAGAGAGUACUGAAAAUGAUGCUCAUACUAAAGAGUCAUCGGCUGCCGAAGCCAUGGAAACUACGGUAAGUAAUAAUGAAGGGAAUAUCAACACUGAAGAACCAGCAGCCAAUGAAGAACUCGCUGAUAGCAAAGAUGAUCCUGUUGAAUACUAG